UCCUGGGAAAUAAACAUCUGAAAAAGAUUACCUGCAAUAUGUGGGCAUAAUAAAUUAUUUACAAUUCGAUCCCAAUCGCAAAUUUCACUUUUAUUAUAAUUGCGUUUUGGGAGCUGCAUAUAUCAAAAUUUGAAACUCAAUGUCGACGCGUCUCAAUCUCAUCAAACUUCAACCUCUUGUUCUACUCUCAAUCAUUUUCCUCAUUCUUUCAGCCACCUUAUUCUCUCCCUCUCAUGGCGCUCAAGGGGAUGAUGAGGAUGAAACCAUCGUAGCAUGGAAAAGAGAAAGGAGUCAGUAUGAUGAUGCGAAUGAUAAUUCAACCUUCAUUCUUGCUGCGGAAAGAACUCGCAGGAUUGAUCCUACCAAUAAUUUCCAGUACUAUGAGGCUGGCUGGAAUAUCAUCGAUUCACAUUAUUAUGCGUCACUGCUGUAUUCUGGUGCUCCACCACUAUACGUUGCAGCCAUCUGGUUUUCGGGUGUGAUUGUCUUCUUCAUCAUAGCUCUGUGCUGCUGUUGCUGCUGCCGCAACAACAAAUCAAGAAGCAGUUAUUCUCGAACAGUUUAUUGGGGGUCUCUCACCUACAUCGUCCUCUUCUUGCUCGUUGCUAUAGUUGGAGGGGCUCUGCUUUACACUGGACAAGCGAACUUUCAGAGAGAUUCAGACGAAGAUUGA